AUCGUUAGCAAGAAAUAUAUUAUUACCGCGGCGCACUGCUUGGCAGGUCGGCGAUAUCCAUCCGACAUUCAAAUCGGCGUUGGAAGCAAUCAUCUUCAGUCUCAAAUUAUAUAUACCGCAGAUGCUCUAAUAAUACACGAUAAUUAUAAAAAGGAACAACCUUUUAAUGACAUUGGUUUAAUUAAACUAUCGAAAGACAUCACAUUUAAUAAAACCAUCACAUCGACAGCUCUAAUAUCUGACAACAAGAAUUUGGAAGGUGUUAGAUUGCAAGUUUCUGGUUGGGGAAGACUUUGGGCGGGCGGUUCGGCUCCAGUACGCCUGCAACAUGUCACAGUAACAGGAUAUUCUCAAAAGAAUUGCGCAUCGAUAUACGCACCCAAUAUCACCGAUGGUCAUAUAUGCACCCUUGAAUCGAUGGGUAAAGGAGUUUGUCAUGGUGAUUCCGGUGGUGCGCUCACUUACGAAGACAAACUAGUUGGCAUCGUGUCUUUUGGUGUUCCAUGCGCCGAGGGCUAUCCAGAUGUGUUCACUAGGGUGUACUACUACAGAGACUGGGUCAACAAAAAUAUUAAUGCAGGCUGCAACCAACAAUUAAACAUCCUUCUCGGACUUUUUACAACGUAUCUGUGCAUACAUUCAUUCUUGUAGAUACGUAUAUUUUAUUGCGCGCGC